CAUCGACUUGCCUAAAGCCAGUGAGCAAUGCCUCGCCUGCUUUUGCCCUUUGCCCUCGUGGCAGCGGCUGCCGGGAGUUGGGACAGCACAGAAACCGAGGAUUUGAGUGCCCUACAGCUGCGGAAGGCUGAUGAGCCGCCCAUGCCUAGCCUCUGCGGGCUCACGCCCAAACUGGUCGCAGUGGAUGGGCAUGUGCUGCCGUUUUCGACCAAUGGGACCGCGAACAACCUCCACUCGGCAGUGCAACACAUCAUCCAUGAGCAUCUUGGCAAGCUGUAUGUGACGUACGUCUUCAGCGUGGGCAAGCACAUACAGUACUACUACCCCACCUUCUGCACCAUCCCCUGGGCCCCAGGCGCCGUGCAACCGUGCCAGGAGACCAAGAUCAAUGCGGCCAUUCCGCCAGGUGGCUACUCAGACAUCGCGGUUGCCCAAAUCAACGGCACGACGCAUGUGGUGCUGAUCGCGGGUGAUGCUGGCACUGCUGAGGAUGGCAGCAAGAAGACCACCGACUCGGUCGUCCUCCUCUUUGACGGCGCCUUCUCCGCGCCAACGACACUGGAGACUAGCAGUCCGCCGGGCACAGGGCACAAGGCCGCGCGCGGAGCGAACUUGUUGUGGCUCCCGCCCUUUGCCGGCGCGAACGGCGACCUUAUUCGACCAGAGGGGCCCACUGCAGUCGUCUCAGGCGAGUUAGGCACGAAGUUCUUCGCGCCGCUUCGCACGAGCGCGGGCCUUGCCUACAGAAGCACUCCGGACCUUACUCUGGCUGCGCAGGGGGACUCCGUGAACCUGGCCGCGUCACUGGACGACCGGACACUGGUUCUCACCGCGAGGAGCCGCUGGAAGGAUGCCUAUGGGACCAAGGCCCUGGACGCUCCGAACAUGGUUUACCAAAUCCAAGCCGACGGCUCACUGCAGCAGACGGCGAACUUCUCGAAGUCCUGCCAGAGCGUGGACGUCUCGCGGCUCAGCGUCGCGCCGCACCUCUUCGCCGUGGGCAACGGCGGCGAGGCGGACUUCGCCCAGGUGAACCACUUGCUGUGGAUCCCCCCCAACGCGGCGCCCACGCGGAGGUCCACCUGCGCGCCGCAGGCUGCAACGGCCAACAUGAGCUGCGACAGCGGCCCGGCAGCGACCGGGCCCCCUGUGCCGACGAGCGACGCGGACAGCUUUGACACGAGGACACGCAAGACGCUGAGUGCCACACUCGGGGGCAACACCUACCUGCUGACUGUGAACAGCUGCCAAACCUCCUACGUCCUCCGCUACCUGCGAGGAGCCGCCGUCGAGCUCUUUCAGCUCGAGGGAAGCCGUGACUGCGGCGAGAAUGAGGACUACUUCGUCCGCGGGGGUGACAUCGCUUGCUUCGGAGGCUUUUGUCGUGUGGCACUCACGGUGUACAACGGGAGUUCCUUGUUGUACUCGCUGCCGAGGCCGUACGCUCGGUGGCGGCGGUGGUUUCAUCGUUGGCGGAAGCAGCGGGGAUAGGGCCCAGCAGCACGGCUCUUGGGGACUGCGUCUUCCCAUAAUGGGACACCCCAGGAAUUAAGGAGACAGGAGACAUCGUCUGUGCACAAUGCGCCAACUCCCUGGAACAAUAUGGUCACUGGGGGAUCCCAGCUUCAGUUUGUCAACUUUUGAGAAUUCUAAAAUCCCUUGGCUCCGCCUGUGGCGACUCCUUGGCAC